AUGUUCAUGUCCACGGCUCUCGGCUACCUGAUCUCGAGCGUCGGCCAAUUCAUCGCCGGCUUGUCUCUCGCAUUCGUCACAGGAUGGCAGCUUGCUUUGGUCGUUUGUGCCACAAUUCCAAUCUUGGCAACCCUGGGUCAUCGCAUGGGCAGAGAGAUCGAGCAGGGAGUUUUCGACCAGCAAGCAAACUUCGCUCGAGCCUCCUCCGUUGCGGAGGAGUCGCUGAUGGCUAUCCGAACCGUUGCUGCCUUCGGUGCAGAAAACGCCGAGUCUGCACGUUUCGAGAAAGAGCUCUUGUCGGCGAAGAUGGGGGGAAUUCGUUCGGGAGUGAAAAUCGGUGCCGCCUGGGGCGGCCUCAACUUCUUCUAUUCCUGCCUCUACGGGCUGGCACUGUGGUUCGGCGGCCACAUCCUCCUCUCAGCGGAGAACGUGGAUUUUGAACCGAGCCAUGUCGUCACUGUCAUGAUCGCUAUGAUGGUCGGUGUUUCGGGGCUCAGUUCUUUCAGUGGCUUUGCCCCGGCAAUGGCGAAAGCUUAUGCCUCCGCCAUUUCGAUGAGGGAGGUGAUGUCAGCGGCAGAGGCGCGCGCCAUCGAGCGCCCGCUGUACAGCAAGGACGCACUCCCCGAAGCUCUGAGUACCGUGGAGACCCUCGAGUUCAGAAACGUGAGCUUCAGGUACCCGACCCGGAAGGAACGGUGGGUCCUCAGCAACUUCAACUUCAGAGUCGAGAGAGGCCAGAAGAUCGCUUUCGUUGGAGAGAGUGGAUGUGGCAAGAGCACCACUAUCCAGCUCCUGGAGCGCUUCUACGACCCCUGCGCCGGCGAAAUUCUCGUGAAUGGAAUCAAUUUGAGUCAAGUGCCAGCCAAGGCUUGGCGGAAGCUCAUCGGUUACGUCGGCCAAGAGCCUGUCCUUUUCGCCACUUCGGCCAUGAACAACCUGAAGGCUGGGGACGACUCCAUCAGUGACGAGCAGGUCCAUGAGGCGGCGAAAGCUGCUCAAAUCUACGACGACCUCAUGAGCCUUCCAGAGGAGUUCGACACCUUCGUGGGUGCAGGAGGUGGGCUGUUGUCCGGAGGCCAAAGGCAACGUGUUGCGAUUGCAAGGGCCCUGGCCAAACGUCCGCAGAUCCUCCUGCUGGACGAAGCUACUUCCGCCUUGGACAACGAGUCCGAACGCUUGGUGCAGGCGACUCUUGACUCCUUGAACACAGUCAUAGGCCCCAUCACGACCAUCUCCAUUGCCCACAGGCUUACCACCAUCAAGGGCUCGGAUGUGAUUUACGUACUCAAGAAUGGCCGCUGCUGUGAGCAGGGAACACAUGAAGAUCUUAUUGAGAGGCCCUGUGGCGAAUACUACAGCAUGGCCAAGUUACAGCAAGCCAAUGAAGACCCCGACGACCAGGAGGAGACCCCGACGAUGGCGCCACCGACGCGGAGUGAGACACGGAAGAUAAGCAUGAAGAGCAUCAUGAGCAUGCAGAAGUCCAUGGCCCUGCGCCGCAGUGGCACAGCGAUGAGCUUCUAUGGGACUGCCUUUGGUGCGGAAGGUGGGCAUGUGACACCUCGUGUUUGGUGCCGACUCGUUGGCAUCAUGAGGCUCUACUGGUGGGUGUGGCCGAUGGUCGUCGUGAUCAUUGUCCUAGACGCCGCUACGAUGCCUCUCGAGGCGAUUUUCUUCAAUGCAGGCAUCCUCUCGCUCUUCAACAGCAAAGUCGAGGGUGUUGAAGCAAUGUAUCCUCAUUUGGACCGCGCUGUCCUUGGCCUCAUCUCCGUCGGCUUGGCUUCAGGUCUGGCAGUGCUAUGCCAGAAUUCGCUCUUUUCCUACUUGCAGGAGUGCCUCUGUAUGCUUCUGCGCAAGAUGGCCUUCGUGUCGACCAUCCGCAUGGAUAUGGCCUUCUUCGAUGCUCCUGAGAACCAGACAGGAAGCAUCCUGGUGUCAUUGGAGAGGCACAUGAACCGCGUAGGGCAGAUGAUGGGCAUCCAGCUUGGAAACUCGACGAGUGCCAUCUUCACCUGCCUUAUCAGCGUGGGCGUGAGCUUUGCAGGAUCUUGGGUCUUGGCGCUGAUCCUCCUAGGUUUGAUGCCCAUUUGUGGAUUCCUUGGUCUGGUGGUCGCUGCUUUUGCCACCGCCGUGGAUCUGAAUGCAGAGGAGACAUACUCCAAGGCAGGCAAGCAGACGGCCGAGGCAGCUACGGCCAUUCGCACCGUGAAGGCACUCGGGGCAGAGGAAUACACCAUGGAAGUUUUGGAUGAGUUGUUGCUCAUCCUAACCGAGGUGAACACAGGGAGAUCCUGGAAGCUGGGUCUGUCUCUGGGUUUGAACAUGUGCAUGAUCCAGUGCAUCUACCUUGCAGGCUUUGGCAUGAGUGCUGCCUGCAUUCAGUACUGGAGCUUCAAUGCGCAUGAGGUGCUGCUGACCCUCUUCUGCGUCAUGUUCGGUGUCAUGUCCGUGAGUACCAUCGUGCAGUUCAUCCCAGACUCAGCAUCUGGUUACCACGCCGCCUCGGAGGUCUUCCGACUGAUUGACCAAGUUUCCAAGAUUGAUGCCACACAGCCGACGGGAAAGAUCGAGAGCAUCGGAGAUGGUAAUAUCGAAUUCAAAGAGGUGUACUUCUGGUAUCCCCACCGCCCCGAGGUGCGCGUGCUCAAGAAGCUCAGCUUCACCAUCGAGAAAGGUCAGGCAGUGGCUUUCGUUGGCUUCUCGGGCAGUGGCAAGUCUACCGUGAUUCAGCUUCUGCAGCGUUUCUACGACCCUCAGACCGGCUCGAUCCAGGUGGGUGGCCAGAACUUGUGCGACCUGAAUGUUGCUUUCUGGCGGAAGCAGAUCGGGAUGGUAGGGCAGGAGCCGGUUCUCUUCGACGUGUCCCUGGAAGAGAAUGUAAAGUAUGGCUAUCCUGAGGCCACAGAUGCGCAAGUGAAGGAUGCAGCCAGGGUGGCCAACAUGGACUAUGCCUUCGCAGGGUCUGUGAAGUGGAGCGACCGAGUCGGCCUUCGGGGAGAGAAGCUGUCAGGUGGGCAGAAGCAACGCUGCGCAAUCGCUCGGGCCCUCCUUCGUCGACCGCAGUUUUUGCUUCUUGAUGAGGCGACGUCAGCUCUGGACUCCACUUCCGAGCGCCUGGUGCAACAAGCGAUGCAGGAGGCCAGGGUCGGCAAGACCACGAUCACCGUGGCUCAUCGCCUCUCCACGAUUCAGAACUCGGACAAGAUCUUCGUGAUGGCAAACGGCCGGAUCCUGGAAUCAGGCACCUAUCACGAGCUGAUCAACAUGGAUGGAAGCUUUGCAAAGCUGGCGGCCCGCAGUUUGUGA